CGUGGCCUGAUCAGUACGUGGUGGAUUGAAGGUUGGCCUAGCCUUAUCGUGUCACCUCCUGAACCUCGUAGGAUUCAGAUUUACAGAACCACCUUAUUAAAGCCGCAAAUGCCGCUUUCAGGCCCAUUCUCUACUUCUGCCAGAUAAAUUUUCUAUUUCUACCAUGUCUCGACCGCGGACUAUCCUGAUCACAGGGUGUUCAGAAGGUGGGUUAGGGGAUGCCCUCGCUCGUGCCCUCCACCAACACGGCCAAUAUGUCAUCGCAACAGCACGAAGUCUUAACAAAAUUGCUCAUUUGGAAGAGAUGGGCAUUGAUACACUUAUUCUCGAUGUAGUCUCGUCGGAAUCUGUUUCAGCCUGUGUCGCCGCGCUUGCCGACAAAACAGGCGGAAGUCUUGACAUGCUCAUCAACAACUCCGGCAAUGGCUACUCAAUGCCAUUAGUGGACUCGGAUCUGGACACAUCACGGCAAUUGUUCGAAGUCAAUGUCUGGGGCAUGUUGGCCGUCACCCAAGCAUUUCUGCCACUUUUGUUACAGUCCGACAUGGGAGGUGUCGUCGUCAACAACACAUCCAUCAACUCCGUUUUACCGAUACCAAUGUCCGGAAUCUACAAUGCGAGCAAGGCCGCCGCCGCCAUGAUGACCGACACCCUGCGCCUCGAACUCGCACCGUUCGACAUUAAAGUCGUGGACCUCAAGACUGGCGCCGUCACGAGUAACUUUUACGAGAAUCGACAAGGUGGUGCAAAGCCCGUUUUGCCUAAAGCCAGCCUCUACAAUGUUGCAAAGGAGGAUGUCGAGGGUAUUUUGCACGGAUCUCACACUAAAAGACUCAAGAUUGAUACGGACGAAUGGGCGCUACAGGUGGUGAAGGAAUUGCUGAAGACAUCGCCACCGUCACAGAUUUGGAAAGGUGGGAAUGCAUUGUCUGCCUUCUUCUCGACGUUUUUGCCUUCGGCGAUAAUAUCACAUGUCUUGUCCAAAGUCGGGGCCUUGGACAUGGUUAAGAAAAAAUGGAACGCUGAAGGUGGAAGCCAUUCUCGUAACCCAUGAUCAUCCGUGGAAAUUUACAGGAGUCAUGAUGUGUACCAGCAAAGUCAAAAACAAGUUUCGUGAGCUAACGGGGCUUUCGUUCAUCUACACCGCGCUCUUUAUUUGUCUAAACAGUCCCCUG